AAUACAGUUGGCGUUCGCCGCCGGCUUCAUUCAGUAAGAUUCGUGUCUCGACAGGUUCGUGUCUACAUUUUAAAUAUAAUAACCUUUCCUAUACGAUAUACAAUACAAUUAUGAGGAAAUAUAACAAAAAAGAUGAAGAAACCGACCCGGAUGUGUUGGAAAAACUCGCCGAGGAACAACAAAAACCCGAAAUCAAACAAAUUUCUUAUUUCACUUUGUAUAGAUAUUCAACACCUCUCGAUAAAAUCUUCAUUCUAAUAGCGAUAAUAUGUUCGUUGAUAGCCGGAGUAGGAACCCCGGUUAUGAUGAUAUUAUUCGGAGAUGUAACCGGAGAUAUAAUCUUAUAUGCGACGCAAUUAUACGAUGAAUCCUUAUCGGACCAAGCUAUAUUAGAUGCCAAAGACGGACUUAAAAGCGCAGUAUUGUAUAUGUUAAUAGCUUCGUGCAUUCUUGGUGCGGCCACUGUGAGUUUGACCUAUAUUUCGACUUUAUUGUUUAGUUGGGCUUGCACCAAUCAAAUAGCAAAAAUUCGAGAAAAUUACAUGAAAAGUGUCUUAAAUCAAGAUAUAUCAUGGUACGACAUCAACCGAGUGGGAGAUUUUUCAAGUCGAAUAACCGAUGAUUUACUCAAAGUAGAGGAAGGAAUCGGCGAUAAAGCAACAACGUUCGCAUUUUUCGUCAGCACCUUCAUCUCCGGAUUAAUAAUCGCGUUCAUUUACGGCUGGGAAUUAACCCUAAUCUGUUUAAUUAAUUUCCCCGUAAACGCGGCCGCUUUAAGUUUCGUCGCUUGGUUAACGAGCAAAUUCUCUCAAAAAGAAACCGAUUCGUACGCAUCUGCGGGUGCAGUCGCCGAGGAAGUUUUAAGCGCCAUAAAAACCGUAUUCGCUUUUGGUGGGGAACAAAAAGAAAUCGACCGAUACAAGAAAUUCCUAACAGUAGCCUGUAAAAAUAAUACGAAAAGAGCCGUUUUAACCGCCCUAAGCAACGCUAUUAUGUAUUUUUUGAUGUUCGCCUCGUACGCUUUAAGUUUUUGGUACGGGAUUAAAUUGAUAAUCGAUGAAAGGGAAUUAGAUGAGAAAGAACAAACUUACACACCUGGGACGAUGAUUACGGUGUUUUUUUGCGUGUUAAUGAGCAGUUUUACUUUGACGAUGUCAGCGCCGUAUUUUCAAGUUUUUGGCACAGCGAAAGGGGCGGCCACUAAUAUAUUUAACGUGAUUGAUCACGACCCCACUAUUAAUUUGUCGAAGAAAAAGGGGAAACGAUUAAACAAUUUUAAGGGGUUAAUCAAGUUCGAGAAGGUCGACUUUUUUUAUCCCGCGAGAAAAGAUGUCCAAGUCCUUCACAAAAUCGAUUUGGAAAUAAACCCAGGCGAAACGAUCGCGUUAGUUGGCACAUCAGGUUGUGGAAAAUCAACUUGCGUCCAAUUGCUUCAAAGAUUUUAUGACCCAACCUCAGGGAGGUUAUUAAUUGAUGGGGUUGACGUCGCCGAGUUUGACUUGGAGUGGUUUAGGGGCCAAAUUGGAGUCGUCGGGCAAGAACCGAUUCUUUUCGCGACGAGCAUCGGGGAAAAUAUUCGAUUUGGAAAUAUGAAAGCGAGCAAAGAAGAUGUUGAAAAAGCUGCGAAACGAGCUAACGCCCACAAAUUUAUUUCAACCCUUCCCGAUGGUUAUGACACGCUAGUUGGGCAAAGGGGGUCGCAAUUAUCCGGCGGGCAAAAACAAAGAAUCGCCAUCGCCAGGGCUUUAGUUAGGGAGCCCAAAAUUUUGUUGUUAGACGAAGCAACUUCAGCUUUAGACACUGAGAGUGAAGCCCAAGUCCAAAGAGCGAUUGAUGCGAUCAGCAAAGAAUGCACAACGAUAAUCGUGGCUCAUCGAUUAUCGACGAUUCGAAACGCGAAUAAAAUCGUGGUUUUCUCCGAAGGAAAAAUCGUCGAAAUCGGGGACCACGACAACUUAAUGAACCUAAACGGGUUUUAUUACAACUUAGUCCGCAACCAAAUUUCGAUCGAUAACAAGGAAAAUUUGGGGGAAUCGACUUAUGCCAACGAAAAAGAUAUCGAAGAAGUCGUCGAAGAAAAAAUCGAAAAAUCCCCCGAAUCAAAUGAUGCCCAAAUUAACAAUAAAUUCUCCGCGAUUCUCGCCGUUCUUGCUCUAAAUAAACCCGAACGUUGGUUCUUAUUUUUCGGAGGAAUCGCCGCGUUAAUUUCGGGUGCUGCAAUGCCGAUUUACGCGAUCGUUUUCGGAGAUGUUCUUAUGGUCCUCUCGAACGAUGAUAACGAGUACGUUCGAACCGAAGGAAAUAAAUACAGCCUAUACUUUUUAAUAAUCGGAAUCGUUUCCGGGUUAUCCACAUUUUUCCAAUGGUACCUAAUCGGAGUUGCGGGCGAAAAAUUAACCCGGAGAGUUCGCGCUUUAAUGUUUGAAUGCGUGUUACGACAAGAAGUGGGAUGGUACGAUCGUAAAGAAAACGCGGUUGGGGCGAUUUGUGCUAAAUUAUCUUCGGAUGGCGCGAAUAUCCAAGGUGCUUCGGGUCACCCGGUUAUAAUCGUGCUAAAUUCAUUGUCGAAUUUGUUGAUUGCCGCGGGGAUUUCGUUGUAUUAUGAUUGGAGGUUAGCGUUGGUUGCGUUAUCUUUCGUGCCGUUGGUGGUUAUUGGGACUUAUUUGGAGCAAGCGAUUGCGCAGAAAGGAACGUAUGGGAAUAAAAGCGCCAUCGAACAAUCUACUAAGAUCGCUGUUGAUGCAGUUUCAAACAUUCGAACAGUAGCUGCUUUAGGUUGCGAAGAAAUCUUCCAAGAACUCUACAACAAAGAAAUCGCCCCGCAUUAUUUAAAAUCAAGGCAAAGUGCCCAUAUCCGCGGGGUUGUUCUUGGGUUAUCUCGGAGUUUAAUGUUUUUCGCUUAUGGUGUCGCUUUUUAUUAUGGUGGGGUAUUAAUCGUUGAUGAAUAUCUAGAUUUCUCCAAAGUCUUUAAAAUUUCCGAGGCUUUAAUUUCAGCAGCUUGGACAAUAGGGAGUAUAAUAGCUUUUGCCCCAAAUUUCCAAAAAGCUAUAAUCGCGGCGAAUCGAAUGGCUUUAUUAACAAAUCGCAAACCGGAAAUAACCGACGAAAAAGCGACGUACGAUUUUUGGAAAUCGAGUAAAAUCGUGUACGAUAAAGUCGACUUUGCGUACCCCACCAGAAAAAAUCUCCAAGUUUUGCACUCUUUUGAUAUAGACAUAAAAGAAGGGACUACGGUCGCUUUGGUUGGGCCGAGCGGGUGUGGAAAAUCGACGAUUAUCCAACAGCUCCAAAGGUUUUACGACCCAAUCUCGGGGCAUAUUCGUAUCGAUUCGAUCGAGUUGAAUCAGAUAAAAAUUAGAGCGCUUAGAUCGAAAAUUGGGAUCGUUUCUCAAGAGCCGAAUUUGUUUGAUCGAUCGAUCGGGGAAAAUAUAGCGUAUGGGGAUAAUAAUAGGUUGGUUCCUAUGGAGGAGAUUAUCGAGGCUGCGAAAAAAGCGAAUAUUCAUAAUUUUAUUGCUUCGUUGCCGUUGGGCUAUUCUACAAAUUUAGGGAGUAAAGGGACCCAACUUUCCGGGGGGCAAAAACAACGGAUUGCGAUCGCUAGGGCAUUAAUUCGAAAUCCGAAUAUUUUGUUGUUGGAUGAAGCUACGUCCGCUUUGGAUAGCGAAAGCGAAAAGGUUGUGCAAGAAGCAUUAGAUAGUGCAAGAGAAGGAAGAACUUGCAUCGUUAUCGCUCAUAGAUUAACAACAAUCCAAGAUGCAGAUGUUAUUUGUGUUAUGGAUAAAGGAAAAGUAAUCGAAAAAGGAACCCACGAAGAAUUAUUACAAUUAAGAGGAUUAUAUCACAAAUUAUACAGCAUACAACAAGGAUCUACGUAAUAAUAAAAAAUAUUACUUAAAAGAAAUGACCUCGUUUACCAUAAAAGUAUUUAUUUUUUUUCAAUUUCACCAUUUGUACUUAAUAUUGUAACUAUUUUAGGAAGAAUUUAACAAUAUAGUUAAUAUUAUUUUCAACCAA